CCAGCCCGCCCGCAGCUCGCACCCCUGCCCGCAGGCUCCUCCAAGGGCGCCCUGGACAUGCUCACCAAGGUGAUGGCGCUGGAGCUGGGGCCGCACAAGAUCCGCGUGAACGCCGUGAACCCCACCGUGGUCAUGACGCCCAUGGGCCGGGCCAACUGGAGCCACCCCCAGAAGGCCAAGAGCAUGCUGGACCGCAUCCCCCUGGGCAGGUUUGCAGAGAUGGAAAAUGUGGUGGACACCAUCCUGUUCCUGCUCAGUGACCGCAGCUGCAUGACCACAGGCUCCGCGGUGCCCGUGGACGGGGGCUUCCUGGCCACUUGAGUCCCUGGCCCUUGCCCAGCCUGGCCCCCAAUAAACAUCAUUCCA